AUGCCGCAUGAAAAUCAAUUCACUGCUGACGACAUUGGAAAGCCGCUGCAGAAUAUGGAACAAAAAUCGAAACUCGAUCCAAAUCUUACGGCGAGAAAUCUGUUGUCGAUUCAACGUAUCGACCCAUGUGCUGUCGCAAUUCUUGACAAAACUACACAUGCCGCCAAAUACAAUUUCGACAUGGCUGAGAAAGCUUGGACGAAAACACACAUUGAAGGAGCGCUUUUUAUCAUUCAAAGAGCAGAUAAACCAUACUACAGCAUGAUCAUUGCGAAUCGCCAAUCACUGGAUGAUAUGGUGGAGCCUGUCAAUCCUCUCACGAAAAUGAAUAAUGAAGGCCACUAUCUGUUCUUCUGUAAACCUGAUAACCAAAUAUAUGGCCUGUGGUUCUUUUCCACUGAGGAUUGCACACGAAUGUAUAAUCUACUCAAGAGACUGCAGGAAGAUAUUAGAGCUGGAAAAAUACCUGCUCCGCCCACAUCGGGUGAAAUGUCCUCUAAUCUUCCUGAGUCUGUAGCACCACCUAAUGAGUCGAAUCAGCUACUCGAACUUCUUAAAACUACGCAGCCGGCAUCAUCAACCCAUCUGGGUAAUCAUCUUUCCUCGAAUGCUCGUCCUCCGUCUUCCACUCAAGAAAAGGCAGAGAAAGAGAAACCGAGAUUGAAAGACGACGAGGUAGGUACGGCAUCUGGUCCAGUGUCAGAUAUGCCAGUGCUACUUCAGAAACUCAUGGUUCAAGAACAGCCGAAGCUCAUUUCAAAGGUGGGAUCGACCGUGCUUACGUCAGAGGAUCUUGAAAAAGACUUGAUCCGUUCAGCAAAGCCAAAGCACUGCCAGUUUCAGGAGAUGUUGACAUCUGGUUCUGCGGCUUCAUUAGCAGCAUUGUCGAAUCGUUCAGUUCAUGGAAGCGAUGGCGAAGCAGACGCCAACGAGCUCGAAUCAAUCAUGAGUAGUCGCGCCGCUAUAGACGAUUCAAUCUUUACGGUCGGUUCUGGUACCACUACUCCUCCGCUGAAUAAAUUGCAGUUCGCGGCUGCACUGAUUCACCUUAUGCAAACAGAUGAUCACUUUUUGGCCCAGAUCCAUCAAGCUUAUGUGGACGCUAUCAACAGAAGAAUAAAUAGAAAUUGA